UGGUGCACAGCUACUUCAAGUACCAUACUAAUUUCACUUUAAGAGUUUAUCGUUGUACAAAAAUAUCAUUUUAUUCGGUCUGUUCAUCCGAAUUCACCUGAGAACUUGAGAAGUUGAUGCUACGAACAUGUCUGGUUGCCUUGACAAUGCCCAGCUUCCCGAUUGUGAAUGCAUCCAAGUUGGAGAGAAGAGGAAUGCUAUAGCUGCUGUUGUGGCAGGUAUAAUGUUCUUUGUUGGAUGGUGGAUUAAUAUUGAUGCAGCGGCAGCAUACCCUGACCAAAAGGACUUCCAUCAUGCAUGUCAAACAUGUGGGGUGGUCGCAACAGUGGCGUUAUUCAUAAUAAAUUCUGUAUCAAAUGGUCAAGUUCGUGGUGAUGCUUAUACAACUGGAUGCAUGGGCCAGACUGGUGCCCGAGUUUGGCUGUUCACAGGAUUUCUACUUGGCUUUGGUGCACUGAUAGCUGCCUCAUGGAUUCUCUUUGGACUCUAUGUUGUCCCUAAUGACAAACCAACAUGGCCAGGAAUUGCUGUUUUCCUACAGAAUGCACUGAUUUUCUUCAGUUCCCUUGUGUUCAAAUUUGGACGAACAGAAGAUCUCUGGGGCUAAGACAGCAGGGAGCAGUUGUCAUGAUCAAAGUUGUAAAUAUUUUUGUAUAUGAUUAAUGAUAUGAAUCAGUGUAGGCCUACUUAUUGUUGUAUUUAUGUUGUAUUUAUUCGAAACUGUAACUGUAAAUUUUGUACUAGCAUUUCACUUGCAUGUAAGGAUUCAAAACCAAGUAAGCGUCGAAAAGCCUUUUCUCAAACAAGGGAUCCCCGCUUGUUGGAGAGAUAAUUUUGUAUCCGCACCUAUAGAGCUGCCAACCCACAUUCUAUUUUGUCAUAUUACAUGUAUAAUAUUAUGGUAUGGUGUCAACCCUUUUGCUAAAUGGGAAAGGAAAGUGGAACUUGUCAUUUCAGCCAAGCGCAGCAGUCCUUUCAAAAUCAAGGCUGGCUGAUAUGGGUUCUCUGGACUUAUGCAGCUCUGCUCAUAUGAUGACAUCUAAGUAUGACAUUGUUUGAGUUUCUUUUCCAUCAAUGGAAUCUCAGUUAAAGCUAUUGUACAUGAAAAUCAGAAAGUACAUAUUUUCUUUUGGCAUUGUGUAUUUUUUUUGUUAGCCAGUGACAUUAUACUCAUCUGUCCAAAUCAAUGCUACUGGGUGAUUCAGAAAAGAGUGCCCAAAUGGUCUAUUCAAUUUGAAAACAUCUCGUCUCCAAUAAAACGCUUAAAAUAA